AUGGCGGAGGAUUCUCAGGAAACCGGAAACGUUCCGGCGGGACACAUGUCUCUCCUUCACGAGACUGACCAGUCAGCGGAUGAGAAGAUGAGCCAUCACGACGACUCCAAGCAGUUGCCUGCACUGGCCCCCGGGCCACCUCGUAGGUUCGCGCCGCAGCCCUCCCCGGCGGUCCUUCGGCCCAAAAAAAAUUCCACCGCGUGUUUAGCAUGCAAAGUUGCAAAGAGGAAGUUAUCACCUAGAAGAACUCGGCUGACGUGGCUAUUUUGCACCAUCCAGUGUUCAGGGACCUGCCCUUGCAAGGCGUGCCUGGCUGCCGGCUUAGAAGCUGACUGCCGUUUCGACCCCACUCGAGAUUUGCGGCGCAAAGUGGCUGUCAAGCGAACGAUCAAGGAGCUCAGCGAUUACAAAGACUUGCUGGAAACAUUGUUAGCCAGUAUUCGGUCGGAUCCCCAAGAAAAACUUUACGAACUCAUCGAAUUGAUUCGAAACAAUGGUUCGUUGAGGGAUAUCGCCCGUUCCGUGGGAAAUCCCGUCACGAAAUUCACGGAUUCGGAGACUUUGUCAAGGGCGAGUUUGGCAACUCUGUCAGAGUUUGAAGAUAUCAAACCCCGCCGACGAUCAGAACCCGAUCUAAUCCCGACCUCACCAGAAGAAGAAUACCCCAGGGAGUCACCUCGGGCAAAAUUUCAUCCUUAUGCACGUGUAGCCUUGGAAACUCUCUGCGAUAUUCCACUGUUCAAGGUACCGGCCAGACCAUGGACAGAAGUGACGGAUGACAGCGAUUUUGUGUCGCACCUUGUCUCGCUGUAUUUCACGUGGGACCACCCGUGCGCACAGUAUCUUGACCAGAAGAUAUUCAUCGAUCAUAUGAAACGGGGAGACACCAGUUCUCAGUUCUGCACACCAUUACUGGUUAACAGUCUCUUAUCGAUGGCAUGCGUUUACUCCGAUAGCCCAGAUGCAUUCUUCAAUCUUGAAGAUACAUUUUCGCGUGGACAACAUUUUCUUCAAGAAGCAGAAAGAUUGUGGACUGCCCAGAGAGGCCGCCAGACGUUGCCUAAUAUCCAGGCUUUGCUUAUGAUGUGCAGUGUGUAUGUGAUCCAUUGUGUAUUGGGCUUGUUGAAUAUGAUGCUGAUUCAAUUUUGCAGACUUUUAUCGCAAGGCGAGAUUCAACAGGGUUGGUUCCUACUUCGACAGGCCGCUCAAAUGGGACAGGAUAUGGGGCUGCUGAUGCUGCCGAGGACUGUAAACCCGUUCAAGGAAUAUAUAGGGUUUGCGAUGCCAUCAGCAUCUGAGCUGUCCGAUGAUGAAGUCAAGCGUAAAGACGGCGAUGAGGGGUCAAUUUUGCAUCAGAUGGAACAUAUUCGAACAAUUACGGCCUGGGGUAUCUUCAACUUGAACUCACAAAUGUCAAUGAAAUUGCGCAGGGUCACAAGCUUGCCGCCCCCAAUAUCCAAGGUGUCCAUGGGAGGCGACGCCGACUUUGAGUGGACUCCGUACCCACGUUUGAACAAGAUCACUUAUGCACCAAAGCUGGCGCGCUUGCCCCAACUCAGACAAGGAAUGGCUGAGCUUACGGACAUUUUGGCUCAUAUUCAAGAGCUUCUGCAUGAUCAGAGUUUGGCCUCAAGCAUUCAAGCCUUGUCUGCGAUGGCAGAAGCUCCAUAUGAACGUUUGCGACAGUGGCUGGCAAAUUGGCCUGAUCCUUUACAGAUCGAAAAAGAACCCACUCCACAAGUUCUCAUCCUUCGCAUCAAGUGCCACCAGGCUAUUAUGAACCUUCUGGAGAUGAUGAUCCAGCGGGACUCUCAAGGCUCCAUGACCCAAAAGUUGCAACAGGAAUGGUGUCAACAGGUAGCAGAAAUGGCCCAAUGUUUCCGUAUUCACCGCCAGGCAUAUGGUCUCAAGUACAUCCCCAGCCAGGUGGUCGACGCGGUCCAGUCCUCCCUCCGCAUCCUCGUACACCAGCUAGAGAUCGAAGAAGUGAGACAUGCAUUUGUCGAGUUCUGUCGUUUUGGGAUGGCCAUGAGUCGCACGUUCACACCAACUGCUGACGCGAUUUACGCGAUCCAGUCACUGGCGCAGCGGGGGUUGUGA